UUCACUUGCACCGUCGUCUUAUCUUUUAUUCUGCACACUCUCUCUUCUCCAUGGGCUGCACCGACGCAUCCUUGUGGCACUGCCCGAGCGUGCCAAUGGCCAUAGCCACCACCAAAUGUUCUACCUCAACAUCUUUCAAGCUCCAACCUUUUUUCACCAAACCACUCAUAUUCUGCUGCGUCAACGGUCCCAGUGACUCCACGGCACCAUCAUCAUCAGAAUCGUUCACCCGUCUCCGGUACAAUCCUCUUAGACAGAGGCGGUUUGAUCAAUCACUCGAAAUCAGCCGCCGCCGCUGGGUCGAAGCCGAUCCUCCACCUCAAUAUCAAGAGAGAUUUAUGGCCGUGUCAUAUAACAUAUUGGGGGACAGAAAUGCUUCAAAACAUGGAGAUCUAUACCCAAACGUGCCUUCAAUUUAUAUGAAAUGGCACCGUCGUAAGAGAGCUAUAUGUGAAGAACUAAUAGGAUUGAACCCACACAUAAUCUGUUUGCAAGAGGUGGAUAAGUAUUUUGAUCUUUGGACCAUCAUGGAGAAAGCAGGAUAUAGUGGUUCUUAUAAGAGACGCACCGGAGAUCAAGUUGAUGGUUGUGCCAUGUUCUGGAAAGCUGAUAAGUUUCGGUUACUAGAAGGAGAAAGCAUUGAAUUCAAGGGAUAUGGUCUUCGUGAUAAUGUUGCUCAACUCUCUGUAUUUGAGACGUGUAAAGCUGAGUCAAAAAGACUGUUGAUUGCGAACACUCAUGUGCUUUAUAACCCAAGCCGAGGAGAUAUUAAACUAGGUCAACUUCGUUACCUCUUAUCAAGAGCACAUAUCCUGUCAGAGAAAUGGGGUAAUAUACCUGUUGUGCUGGCUGGUGAUUUUAACACUACUCCUCAGAGCGGAAUUUACGAGUUCUUGUCAUCAUCUAAGCUGAAUGUCAUGUUACAUGACAGAAGAGAGUUGUCAGGUCAAAGAAGUUGCCAUCCUGCCCAAAUUUUUGGUGUAAAAAAAGAAAUGGGAAAUCCUCUUGUUUUGACGGACAGACUUGUGAACUGUUGCUGGACUGUUGAAGAAGUUAAAAUUGCAACAGGGAAUGCUGAGUGCCAAGUAGUUGUGCACCCUCUGAAACUUAUUAGCUCCUAUGCCACAGUGAAGGGAUCUACAAAAACAAGGGACUCUGAUGGUGAACCUUUAGCUACUUCCUACCACUCAAAGUUUCUUGGAACUGUUGACUAUUUAUGGUACUCGGAUGGUAUUGUGCCUACACGGGUUUUGGAUACCCUUCCAAUUGAUGACCUCCGCAAGACAGGUGGGCUUCCAUGCAAGAAUUUUGGAAGUGAUCAUUUGGCAUUGGUUUCCGAGUUUGCAUUCAUCCAGAACACCAAAGAUUCUAUGAGCGACAACACGACAGAUUCAACGGUCUGAGACUCUGAGCUAGAGCCACCAUAUGAUAUGAAGAAGAUUAUAUUUCUCCAGUGUAACGAGUGUAAUAGGUAAACAGUAAAAUUGCAGUCUGGAUCAAUGAUGAUACCGAGAAGAAUUAAUAAAUUCAUUCUUUGGAGAGCACGUUGGAAACACAAUUCACGAGCUUUUGGCUUGAAGGGAGUCAAUUUGAGACGAUUCCUACAUUUGACUGUCAUAGAUUCAGUGUAAUUGAUUCCAUUUUUAACUUAUUUUCUUUAAAAAAUAAAAUUUGGAACUCUUGAUUCGAAUUUA